CCUCUCCGGUGAUGGCGGCGGCGGCGGCGGCGGCGGCCGGGACGGGCCGCGGGCUCUGGGGCCGCCUGAGGGACACCCGGCUCGCCCGCUGGACCCACUCCCUCCUCCAGGACUACUCCAGCUCCCUCCAGGACGCCGCAUCCGAAGCUCGCCGCCGCCCCGCGCUGACCGCGGCCACUCUGCUGACCCUGGGGCUCGGGGCCAGCCUGGCCAGCACCGUGCCGGACCUGGACUCGCUGGAGAGCGCCGCGGUGGCCGCGGGGACCGAGCUGGGCCAGCUCCCACCGAGCUCCCGCAGCCCCCGCUCCGAGCGCCACGUCCUGCGGCUGCUGCGGCUGCGGGAGCGCGGCCGGAUCCGCGUCCGAAAUUUGGGAUUGGUGGCCGUGGCCACGGCCGAGCCACACGGGAGUGACCCCGCUCUGUACUCGGCUCGCUGCCCGCACCUCCGGCCGCGGUGGGGGCUCGGGGAGGUGCUGGAUGUGGGGGUCUGGGGGCGCUGGUGGCUGCUGCGGGACGCGCUGCGGGACUGCGACAUCAACGAGGAGGAGUUCGGGCACCUCCCCGAGCGGCUGCGGGGGAUGGAGCGGCGGCAGCUCCGCUCCGAGCACAACGAGCGCCUGCACCGGGAGCGGCUGCGGCCCGUGGGGCUGGGGGAGAGAGGGUGAGGGAGCCCAAAACACGGGAAAAAAAAUUUAAAAAAUAAUAUCCCAAAAAAUCCCGAAAUCCCGGGGCUGGGGGAGCCCGAAACACCGGGAAAAAAUAAAAAAAUAAUUCCAAAGAUCCCGGGACUGGGGGACCCCGAAACACCGGAAAAAAUAAAAAAUAAUCCUAAAAUUCGGUGGCUGAGUGACCCCGAAACACAGGGAAAAAAUAAAAAAAUUAUAUCCCGAAAAAAUCCCAAAAUACUGGAGCGGAUCAGGGCUGAGGGACCGCGGAACAUCGGAAAAAAUACCAAAAAAAAUCCUCAAAAAAUCCUCAAAAAAAUCCCAAAAUCUCAGGGUGGAGCGGGACUGAGG